AAGCAAUAAAAACUUCCUUCUUUUCCCGGUUUUCCUCCCCCGAGCCCUCUCCUCUCCACCAAAACAAUCGGAUCGUUCCCGAACAAAAUCCCCAACUGCUAGCUGCUACCUCUCGAUUGGCCGCUUCGUCGUCCUCCAACGUAGACUAGUACGGCAGAUCCGUGAUGGCGGCCACUGCGGCGGCGCCCGACCAGCGGCAGAUCGUGCCGUCGGACGCGAGCAGGAUGAGGAAGCAGGGCCGCCGCGGCCGCCGCGAGAUGCGCCGGAUCGAGGACAGCACGAGCCGCCAGGUCACCUUCUCCAAGCGCCGGAAGGGCCUCCUCAAGAAGGCGCACGAGCUCUCCGUGCUGUGCGAAGCCGAGGUCGCCCUCAUCGUCUUCUCACCGCGCGGCCGCCUCUACCAGUUCGCCUCCGCCACCGACUUGCAGAAUACAAUUGAUCGCUAUCUCAACCACACAAAAGGCACACCUACAAAUGAGAGAGUUGAUGAACCAGGCGUAGAGAAGUGGAAAUAUGAGGCUACAACCUUGGGACAGAAGAUUGACGCGAUUGAGGCGUCCAAGAGGAAGCUUCUUGGGGAGAGCCUUGGAUCUUGUUCAAUUAAGGAGCUACAAGAGCUGGAGUUGCAGCUGGAGAACAGCCUAAGCAGCAUCAGGCAAAGGAAGCAAAAGAAGCUGAUGAAUCAGAUUUUGGAGUUGAGGGACAAGGAGCAGAAACUCGCAAAGGAGAACGCGAUGCUCCGUGAUCAGUGUAAGGCCUUACCUCUGCUAGAGCUCAAUGAUAAGGGCCAUAUGGAAGCUGCUACUGCUGCUGCCGGCGAAGAAAAAGAAGCGGAUGAUGGGCGCAUGGAGGACGUGGAGACGGAGUUGGCCAUCGGAAUCGGAAGGGGACGCAGCAUCAUGGAUCGCCUGACUAGCAAGCCAGACUGCUAGCUCUGGAUCAUGUGUGUGUGUAUAUAUAUAUGUAUAUAUAUAUGAUCUGGUUCGAUCAAGAUAUAUAUACAUAAGUGUUCAUAAAAAAAUGAAUAGCAUGUGAUUCAUCAUGUUGAAGGCAUGUUAAAUAUCAUUGACGGCAAGUUAAAUAUCGUUGAAGAAGAUGCAUGUUAAGGGAGCAAAGUGUUUAAUGUAGGCAUGCGAUGUGGUCAUAUAUUCUUUCA